AUGUACAAAAAAGUGAUCCCAAAUAUUAGCGAUGAUUUGAUCUGUUCACUAAUCGGCGACAAAAUUAAAGAAUUAAAUGAAUCAAAAGACAAAAAAGUGAUCCCAAAUAUUAGCGAUGAUUUGGUAAACAAAUACAUAACUGAUAUGAAAGACAAUCAUAUUUUGCUCAAAAUCAUGAACGAAGUCUAUAAGGGAAGCCUCGAUGAGAACCAGAAUAUCGAUACUAAUAAAGUGAUCACUGAUUUGCAAAACAAUCCCGAAUAUGACUUAUCUCUCGAUUAUAUCAACGAAGUCUCAAAGAAUGAGCAUUUGAUCCGAUCUCUGGUCGAUAUUGUGAGCGAAUGUUUUGUUCCCCGAAAAGAGAUCAAAGUAUUGGAACUCAAUUUGACCAAAGGAUUUAUGGCUAGAGAAGUGGACACACAGUUGGCCUCAUCUCAUAUCUAUCCGAUUGACGUGAGCUAUACUAUUGCUGUCAAAUCUGUCGGUGGAGUCAGUGAUGAUUAUAAGAACCAAUCGUUUAAACUGAUUGAAUGGAAUCCAGAGAAUAGUGUCUUUCCAACUGAAAUCAAUUCCUCUAAUUUUAUUCUUCUGAAAGACUCAAACGAUUUAUGGGAUAUUGAUUUAGACACACAAUUGCAAGACAUGUUUGAUGUGAUUUCAGACAAAGGAUUUUUGCUUUCAGUCUUCAGAUACCAAUUGACAGAACCAGAGCUCGCAUUGAAUCAAAUGAAUGGCAAAAAAGCUCUGAAGAACGCGGACUUAGAGAAACGAAUCGUCGAUUUCGUAAAAGCCGCUCAAAGUGUGGGCUUUAAUCUUAUCGCACGUAAAUUGGAUUCAAUUGGUUCGGUGGCCAUACUCUUCAGGAAACUGUUUUCUGAGCCCAAACUUCCGAAAAAAGAGAAUAUAAUACAAAUCUCUAGUAAUCCCGAGAAAUGGUUCGAAACAUUAAAAGAAAAAAUUGUUGAACAGAAAGAAAAUGAGUCAACCGAUGAAAGUCUUUGGCUCAUAGCAAACGACUCCUCUAAGAAUGGUAUCAUUGGUCUCAUUAAUUGUCUGCGUUUAGAGCCGGGAGGAGAGUGUCUGCGAUGUGUCUUCGAUUACGAUAACCUCAUCAAAGGUUCCGUGAAGUUCACUGAAAAGCCGUAUUCAGACAUUUUGUCCAACGAUUUGCCUAUAAAUGUGCUGAAGAACGGAAAAACACUUCACAUCGAUUACGAUAACCUCAUCAAAGGUUCCGUGAAGUUCACUGAAAAGCCGUAUUCAGACAUUUUGUCCAACGAUUUGCCUAUAAAUGUGCUGAAGAACGGAAAAGUCGGUACUUAUAGACACUUCACUCUCAACAAAGACUACGACAAAAAAGAGUCAAACGACUACUUCUUGAAUGUCGGCCAUAACAGAGACUUAGCAUCUCUUCAAUGGUAUGAUUCAAAGAAUUUAGUCACAAGUAAAGACGAUUACGAUUUGAUAAACAACAAAACCAACAAAAUUCCGUGCAAUAUAUAUAGCGCUGGAAUGAACUUCAGAGAUGUUAUGUUUGCAACUGGUCGUAUCGCUUCGGGACCACAAAUGCUAUUCACUGAUUGUUUGAUUGGUUUUGAGUUCGCCGGCCGUCGGGCCGACACUGGAGAGCGAGUUUGCGGUUUUGAUAUGAGUCGAUGUUAUGCCACUUCUAUUGACGCCAACGAUGAGUUAAUUUCCAGAAUCCCCGACAACUGGUCGAUGGACGACGCGGUGUCUGUAUUGAGUACUUACAGUACUGUAUGGUAUGGUCUCAUAGAGAGGGCACACAUGCAAAAAGGCGAAUCAAUUUUGAUCCAUUCGGGAGCGGGAGGUGUGGGUCAGGCGGCGAUCAGUAUUUGUCAGUUCUAUGAAUGCGAUAUCUUUGUAACCAUUGGAACCGAAGAUAAGAAAAAGUUUUUGAUGAAUACCUAUAAUAUUCCGGAGAACAGAAUAUUCAGUUCGAGAAACACUCAGUUUAAGUACAAAAUCAAAGAGAUUACGAAAGGAAAGGGAGUCGAUAUGGUUCUCAACUCUCUUACCGGCGAUAAACUCGACGCCAAGAUUACGAAAGGAAAGGGAGUCGAUAUGGUUCUCAACUCUCUUACCGGCGAUAAACUCGACGCCAGUUAUGAAUGUAUUGCAGAUUGCGGUCGGUUUGUAGAGAUCGGCAAAUUUGACCUCCAAAUGAACAAACAGUUGGGAAUGUUUUCAUUCCUCAGAGAUAUCUCUUUCAUCGGUGUUUCAGUCGAUCAGAAACUUUAUAUGAAGAGAGGAUUCGUUAUCCGCUUCUUUGAAUGGAUGCAUAAAAACUGUGACAACGGAAUGAUUAAACCAAUCAAUCAAAAUGUGUUUAAAGCCGAAGAGGCGGAGAAGGCUUUUAGAUUCAUGACAACCGGUAAACACAUCGGAAAGAUUGUGAUCAGAACUCGUGAAGAAGAAAGCAAUAAGAAUGCAAAGAGUGGUUUCACCCCAACUAAGAAACUAGUGGUCACUCGAAAGACAUAUUUCAAUCCAAACAAGACUUAUAUCAUAACCGGAGGUUUGGGUGGAUUUGGUCUGGAGUUCAUUCAUUGGAUGAUGUUUUUAGGCGCCCGAAAGUUUGUGUUGACCUCAAGAUAUGGCGUCAAAACUGAUUACCAAAAGUUUAUUUUGAAGCGUUUGGCGUCUUUGGGCGGAAACCUGAAACAGUUUGCGACUAAAGUUGUCGUUUCGACUCACGAUUGCAAUACAAGUGAAGGAACAAAGAAACUUUUAGCCGACGCCCAGAAUUUGGCUCCAAUCGGAGGAGUCUUUCAUUUGGCUCUCGUUCUCAAUGACUGUCUUCUUGAGAAUCAAACGAUCGAUAAAUUCCAAGAAACCAUUGAUUCAAAGACUAAAGCGUUUGAGAAUUUGGAUAAAAUAAGUCGCGAAUUAAGUAUAGAUUUGGACUAUUUUGUUGUCUUCUCUUCUGUCGCUUGUGGUAAAGGAAACGCCGGGCAAUCAAACUAUGGUUUCGCGAACUCUGUUUGUGAACGCAUUUGUGAGUCCAGACGAAGAGACGGAUUGCAUGGUUUGGCCAUUCAAUGGGGACCUAUCGGUGACGUCGGAGUAUUGGCUGAUUCAGAGAUCAACACCUCUUUGGCAGCAGUUGUUAAACAGAGAAUCAACUCUUGUUUGGAAAUUCUGGAUAAAUUGCUUCAAACAGACAAUUCUGUUGUUUCGUGUUUGGUAAGGGCCAAGAGAUCAGUGAUGUCGGGAACGAAGGAGUCUAAGCUCGUGAACCAGGUUUGGAUUGCGCUGGGAAUCGAUCCCAAGACUACUCCCAAUCACUUAACUCUGGGAGAGAUAGGAAUGGAGUCUAUGUUUGCGGUGGAACUGCAACAGGGAUUGGAGAGGGAGUACGACAUUAGAGUGACAUUGAAUGACAUCAAGAAUAUCACAAUAGGAAUGAUGAAAGACUUUGAAGUCGGAAAAGUAGAUGAAAUGAAGAGAUUCGCGGAUGAGAUCAAGUCGUGUCGCACGAAGUUAUGUAAAGUGAAGUUCAUUAUACCGAGUGAUGCCUGCAUUAGGCUUAAUAACGUAACGACCGGAAAACCCCUGUAUUUCUUUCCACCACUUGAGGGCAUAUUUACAUCAUUGGAAGGAUUGGCUGAAAAGAUUGAUCGGCCGGUCAUUGGUCUCAAUUGGACCCGAGAUAUGCAGAAAUUGGGUUCACUUAAAGAGAUCACCAAAUAUUAUAUACAACUCUUGAAAGCAUUGGAGCCGAAGGGAGACUACGAUAUAUUUGGCCACUUUUACGGUGCGCUCAUUGCGAUGAAGAUGUUGAAGAAGGCUCCGGUCGGUAGGGCUAUCAUAAUCGACAUGUUGUCUGAGGUCACUCUCGACGAGGAUAUGAUAAGUGACGACAGUUUGGUUGAGAUUAUACUGUCUUUCUGUACGAAAGACGUGCCGACAGUAAUCCAGGCGAAGAUGAGAAGAGACACAAUGUCUAAACCAGACGUUCCCACAAAACUCGAACAAAUCACUACCGAAUUGAAAGAGUUUUGCGGCAAAAGUCUCGUGAGUCGAGACUUGGAUGAGAUUCUCAUGAAUUCGUACAAAAGAGCCAAACUCUUCACCACUUAUCGGCUGAACAUGAAAUCCAAGUUCAAGAAAAUGAAGUUAACUAUUGGAGAGAAAUAUAUGAGAAUGAGUGGCAAAGUGCUGAUCAUUAAGCCCUUCCAAAUGGUGGAAGACGUGGCCAACGUUGAGAGAGUCACCGAUAAGAUCAAGAACGCAUACUUUCUCCCCGAAGCGGGUUUGGAGGGAAAGCUCAACUUCGAGACCGUCGAGUCGGCCAAUACACAGGACUUGGAGGCACACAAGACCAUCGAAAGGAUGGCCGACACUAUCAACAAAUAUCUCGGAAAGAGAUAAGUGGGUCGACUAUCACCUGCUGGUCAGUGACCGCUAAGACAUUAUUAUAACCCAUAAUCUGAUCCCAUAUUUUAUGUUAAGACUAUUUUUUUAAUUAUCAAUAUAUCUAUUAUUUGUGUUAAGACUUGUGUAUAAAUUAUUAGUGAAGAACUGUAUUAAUCAUAUAAUCAUUAUAUAUCUUAUGAACUGUUAAUUAAAUAAAAACUUUUAUGUUAAAAAAAA